UGUGCAUUUUUAGUACAGUGUGGUGUUCAGUAUGUCUCUGGUGUGGGUGGUCUGCAGAGUUGAUGGAGCUGUAUUUUGCUUCCAGAAUAUGCCAGUGUUACUUAUAAUGCAAGCUAACCUUUGUGUGUUUGCAAAUUAUGGUCUGGUUACUGUGUCCAUUUGCUAUGAAGGGCUUCUGGGAUGUAACCGUUUCCAGGGUUUGGCUGUAAACUACAGCUCUCUGCUGCUGGAGGAUGGAGCUGGAAUGCUGUAUGUGGCAGCCAGAGAGGCCCUGUAUGCUCUGAACUCAGCUAACAUCUCCACUAUACGCAACAACUCUUCUAUUGAUUGGGCUGCAUCUGCAGAUCAGAAGAGACAGUGCUUAAGCAAAGCAAGAGACAAUCAGACAGAAUGCUACAAUUACGUCCGGUUCCUCGAUCGAUAUAACGAGACUCAUCUCUAUACCUGUGGGACCCAUGCCUUCCGACCUCGCUGCGCAUACAUAGAUGUGGAGCGCUUCAGCUUUGUGCGCUUUGAGGAGGGCAAAGAGAAGUGUCCCUAUGACCCAGCAAAGGGCUACACUGGUCUCAUUGUAGAUGGUGAGAUGUACUCUGCCUCUCAGUAUGAGUUCCGCAGCACCCCUGACAUUCGCCGUAACUUCCCCUUCCCCAACCUGCGGACAGAGGAGGCUCCGACAAGAUGGCUUCUAGAGGCGGACUUUGUUGGCUCAGCGUUAUUGAGAGAGAGCAUCAACAGCUCCAUUGGGGACGAUGACAAACUUUAUUUCUUCUUCACGGAGAGAAACCCAGAGCAGAGCCCUUACUCCAGUCAGACCAGAGUGGCCAGAGUGACCAGGGUCUGUAAGGGUGACAUCGGAGGUCAGAGGACUCUCCAGAGGAAGUGGACAUCCUUUUUAAAAGCUCGGCUCAAGUGCUCUAUUCCUGAGUACGAGCUGCAGUUCAAUGUCCUGCGCAGUGUGUUUGUGCUGGAAGGGCCGAGCGUGCACGACAGCACCUUCUGGGGUGUGUUUGGUCUCGAAUGGAAAAACGUUAAAGCAUCUGCAGUCUGCCAGUACUCCCUCAAAGAUGUACAGGCUGCGUUUGAUGGGCCCUACAUGGAACUCCAAGACUCUAAAUGGAGGGAAUACACCGGGAAGGUUCCAGACCUUCGGCCUGGCUCAUGCAUAACUGAUCAGCACCGUGCUCAGCUCAUAAAUACGUCACGUGACCUUCCAGACAACAUACUGAUGUUUGUCCGGAGACACCCUUUAAUGGCCAGAGAAAUCCAGCCAAUAGGAGGGCGACCCCUACUGUUCAAAAAGAGUGUGGACUACACCAGAAUAGCAGUUCAUAAAGUCACUGCCUUGGAUGGGAAAAGCUAUAAUAUGCUCUUCAUUGGAACAGAUGAGGGCUGGCUGCACAGGGCUGUAGAGAUUGGAGAUCGAGUACACAUCAUUGAGGAGCUCCAGCUUUUUAAGGAGUCACAACCCAUAAACAACAUGGUUAUUUCACAUAAACAGAAGAGUGUAUAUGUAAGUGCUGCGUCUGGAGUGGUGCAGGUGCCUCUGUCUGCCUGUAUGCGGUACACCUCAUGCUACGACUGCGUGUUUGCUCGAGAUCCAUUGUGUGGCUGGGACGGAAGACAGUGUGCUGAAAUAUCAUCCUAUGCUGAUAAGUCUAACCUGACUCAGGACAUUCAGAUGGGUAACAGAGGGUGCGAUGACAUCACAGCUGAUGGUUUAGUGUCCCAUCGCACUCGUUCAGUGAUGACGGGAGACGAUGUGCUCUUGCAGUGCGAGCUUCGCUCCAACUUGGCAGUUCCACGCUGGACGCUGAACGGUGAGCAGUUGCAGGGUUACGGCACUGACACAGGCUACCGGACCGGCAUUGAUGGACUGCUCAUCAUUGGAGCUCAGAGCAGGCAGAGUGGUCACUACCGCUGUUAUGCUGUGGAGAAUGCCGUUUGGGUUCCUAUUUGCAGCUACAUGGUGAGGGUGCAACCUGCACCUCCAGCUUCACAUCAUCUACCAACAGACCCAACCGCACUACCAGAGAGUUUCUUCACCACUACUAGUGCAGUACCUGUCACACCCACUAGUGGCCCCACUGAGCAGCCCCUGCACUCCCCACCUGCUGCCCUGCCUUCUGGGCCUGAGUUUCAAACCAACCGCCACAUGGAGGCCAUGUACAUUUCUUUGGUGGCUGUGUUGGGAGGACUCUGUCUUGUGCUAACCGUGGUUCUGCUGUAUGUUAGCUUCUGUGCACAUAGUGCCCCUGCUGGCAGGAAGUAUUCUCAGCAAGGGCUGGCAGUCACUGCAGCCACAGAGAGAAGGCGGAGCUCCCAUUUGGAGCUGAAGACCAUCUCUAGUCACUGCAAUGGAAGAGCCGAUGGGCGUGGUAGAGCAGCAUCAACAGACGGAGCGUUCCUGCAGAUAGUUCCAGGGGAAGGCCAAGCUAGCCCUAGCAAGGAGCCACCUCCAGCACCUCCACUGCCCAUGCCACCACCCCUGCCAUCUACAGACUACACAAACGGCCUCUCAGCCACAUUACCCAGUGUCUUAAGGAAGAUGAAUGGGAACAGCUACGUUCUUCUGAGGCAGGCAGACUCAGAGAUGACCUCACCACUUUACCAUUCCUUCACAGAAGAGCUCAACAGAAUCUUAGAGAAGAGGAAACACACACAGCUUGAUCUCCAGCCAGACGAGAGCUCUGUGUAGCUCUGUUUCCCUCUGAUACAUGUAGCGACCCCUUAUGGUGGGAAGCGUAAUGUUACAACUGCUAAGAAGCUGUGUUUUAUUCAAAUAAUAUACCCGUGAUGGUGUAUGUUUUGUGCUGUUUUUGCACUCUAUCCUCAUGUACACCUCCAGUAUAUCUAAACUGAAGCUGUUGUGUAUGAUGAUCUGGCUUUGUUUUUUAAUGUGGACCUUGUGGACUAUUAUGACACUGAUUAGUUUGUGAAACACAUAUUUAUUUUAUUGAGAAUGGCUGAGGACCAACCCUGGAUGGAGAUGAUAUGCUGUAAGAAAUGCUGGGAAACAGACUGAGGCUGGUUCCCAGAGCAAGAACUUGCAAACUGAACAAUAGAACUAAAACCACACAAAGGAAAUGACUUAAACGUCCACAGUGUUAGAUCCAGAAGUUCCUAUUUAUAUUUACAGUGUUCUGCAUUCAAAUGUUGAUUGCAAUGUAAAUGCAUAGCUAAUCAAUGUGAUAUUCAUAGAAAUAGUCAAAUUAGUAAACUGAGAAACUUU